AUGAGCACCGAACACAGCGUCAGCUACGUCACGGAGCACGAGACGGACCAACACGCCAGUGACGUCACGGAGCGCGAGACAGACCAAACCGGCCAGGUGAGGGUGAACCAGCGCGCCGACAGGGAGCAGUCCGGAGCUCUGACAGCGGCCUUCAACAACGUGUUUCUGUGUGUUUUUGUUGUUUUGAAGUGGCAGGACGGAGUGGUGGAGAGGGAAGGCGUUUUUCGCUCCGCGCUUCGUCACCUGUUUGAGUUUUGGCCGCUCAGGAUGGCGGGUCGUGCUUUCCAAGGCUUCCUGUGGCUCUUGGGUUUCCGGACACAGAAAGAGACUGCUCCAGAUGCUGCCAGCGUCUCGUCUCCUGCUCGUCAGAGCCUCAGCGGCCGGAAGCGGCUGCACCCGGUGACCCGGCUACUGCUGUCUGUGCUGCCCCGCUGGGCACAGAGCACGCUGGGUUACCCGGUGUCCAGCAGUAUCGGCCGCACCCUGUCUCCAGAAGUCGGAACAUCUCCCACCAAACCCUGUGGGAAGGGCAGCAAGAGAAAACAAGAUGAACUGGAUGAUGAUGAAGAGGAGCAGCAGACCUGGGUGGAGGUUCUCACUCAAGAGCUUCCAGACAAGGACAAUCCAGAGGAGGAUCCAGAUUAUGAGCCCAGUACUAUAGAGACAGAGAGUGAAGAGUACAGAUCACACAAUGACACAGAAAGUGACCUUGAAGUUUCUGCAAAGGGCUCAGUGUUUAUUGAAGAUGUGGACACGAAUGAGCCUGUUCCAGUGUAGAUGUUGCCUUCCUGC